AUGAACAGUGAGCAACAGCAGCCUCAAUUACAAACACAACAGUCGACGCAGCUGGAGUACACAGCACCUUCGGCACCAGCAGUGCAAGUGUUUAAAGCGACUUAUUCCGGUGUUCCAGUCUUUGAAAUGAUAUGUAAAGGUGUCGCUGUGAUGCGACGACAAUCUGAUUCAUAUUUGAAUGCAACACAGAUUUUGAAAGUGGCCGAGUUUGACAAACCACAACGUACACGUAUUUUAGAAAGAGAAGUGCAAACCGGUGAACAUGAGAAAGUACAAGGAGGAUACGGAAAAUAUCAAGGAACGUGGGUUCCAUUUGAACGGGGAAGAGCACUUGCUGAACAGUAUAAUGUAAAAAAUCUAUUGCAACCCAUUUUAGAAUUUGUGCGGGGGGAUCAGAGUCCUCCUUUGGCACCUAAACAUGCUACAGCUGCUUCCAAUAGGCCACGUAAAAUGCGUGAAAUACGUGCUAGAAAACGACCCAAACACUUGGAUGAUGAUAUUGUUAUGUCAGAUAUUGAGACAGCAUCACAACAAAGCAAUACCACGCCACAGUUAAGUGAAGCACCCUUACCACCAACAUCGAGGCGGGAGGGUGACCUUAGCGGUUCAUCGCCAUUACCGCAAAAGAGAUCACGCACCGCACGAGCGAAAGAUAAACUGUCAUCCGUACCGAAACUCCAAUCAAAGAUGAACACAACGUCAUCACGGGCAGCAGCACAAUCUCAAGAAGCUAGGAUGGAUAUUGAUGAUUUAUCGGAUUCUGAGCAAGGAGCAAAAAACAACCGAGGCAAUUCUGACGAGAUGUUAGAUACGUCCACUAAUGAACCUUACGCUCAGCGCUUACUUCAAUACUUUAUGUCUAACAAAACCACUAUACCACCCUACAUAUCGAGACCUCCACGUGACCUGGACUUGAACGUCAUCAUUGAUGAUGAGGGUCAUACGAGUUUACAUUGGGCAGCUGCCAUGGCACGUAUUAAGAUAGUGAAACUCCUUAUUGAUAAUGGCGCGGAUAUCUAUCGUGUGAAUUACAAAGGACAGACAGCACUCAUGCGUUCCGUGCUGUUUACCAACAAUUUCGACGUUAAAACGUUUGAUUCAUUACUAGACCUUUUACGCUCUACUAUCUUCAAUAUCGAUAAGCGAGACCAAACUGUGUUUCACCAUACUGCAGCUAUGUCAGAUUGGAAAGGAAAGAUAUACGCAUCACGCUAUUAUAUGGAAUGUUUGAUCAAUAAAUUGAAGAAUAACCAAUCAGAACUGAUUUCGAUAUUAAAUGUACAAGAUACCAAUGGUGAUACAGCGUUGACAAUUGCUUCUAAAAUAGGGAACAGAAGAUUGAUAAAAUUAUUGAUCGAAGCUGGAGCCAGUACGGAAAUUGCAAAUGAAGAAGGGAUGACGCCCAGAGAUUAUUUCGGGGAAAUGGAGAAAUCAUUGUCUCUUCGUACAUCUUCCUUCGCCUCUUCUCCUCCUUCACUGUUGCCUGUAACGGUAUCAUCGCCAAGUGAAUCAACCAGCACUGGUCUGUUAAACGAAGCAAAUAUCCGUGAAAUGCUACAAGCUCGCGUUGAAGCGAUAUAUAGAAAUGUGAAUAAGGAUCCAACCCAGCCACAGCCUAUUUCCGAAGUAUUUGACGAUUUGGCCGAGAGCUACGAAAAAGAUUUGAUCAACAAGGAACGGUUGAUUGAGAAAAAGGAAAUAGAAUUGGACCUGUACAAAAAGCGGCUAGUAGAAACGAAAAAGAUACUCGAAUCCGAUAUUUUAAGUAAUGAAGACGAUAAAGAAGAAAUCAAUGCCAUUCUGCAGAGAAUGGAAGAGAAAGGCAAAACUCUGGAAUUAAGAUUGCGUAAAUGGCUCAUAUACCGACAAAAGGAGAAAUUACGAAUAUUACAAAACCAAUAUCUGAAUGAAGAACAAAAGCCUCCGUCGCCUCCCAAUACAAACACUUUGGAAGAACUGAAAGAUAUAGCACAGAAACUGAAAAGUGAAUUAGAAGAGCUGCGACGCGAAAGAAAGAAAAAGACUGAGACAUUAAUCGAAUUACAUUCGCGCACACCGCCUAAAAAGCAUAGAGCUUAUAAACGAUUAAUUUCUGCGUGCUGUAAUGUCGCCUAUGAAAAUGUCGACGUUAUGUUAGGACCCUUACUGGCUUCAUCCGAUAUUGAUAACAGCACUAGCAAGAUCAGAAAGCCAACUGCUUCAGAAUAA